AUGCAGAGCGAUAAAUUUGCAUACGAGCCGUUUAUUCGCGUCAAUCCGCGGAAGAAGCGGAGGGGAAAGGCUAACAAGGAGACCCUGUCCCCCUUGGAUCUCUUGAGACGGACAAAGGAGGAUCUUUCUACUGAUGGGACUUGGGUAUCGGAUUGCGAGGAGCGAUUAAGGUUUGCAUUUUGUGAUAUGUGCAUCAAGCCCCGCAAGGUCCUCUGUCUCGGCCUUGGCAGCCCAGCUGGGUCGCGGGACGCCCGAGCGCAGCUCGCUCUGUUGAGCCGACUGUGCUCCUUCGCAGAUAUAGGCCUGAUGAACGUUUCCCUAUACGAUCCAGUAUUCACGGGUGCAGAUGUGGAGCUUUUCCGGGUCCUCGGAAUGCAGUGUUUUAACGACAGGAAGGACGUGCAGCAUUCACUAGACUGUCCAACGAUACUUUAUAUGCCACAUUGUGACUUGGUGCUAUACGAAAUGGUCCUCCGCACUAACUGGUCACGCGAGCGCUUGUGUAGCAUGGUGCUGGUCGCCAAUAAUUUCUAUGAUUAUUUUGAGCAUAAUGCCAUCUCCAAGCUUGAAGUGGAGUCCCCGUGUUUAGCGCGCUUAGCACCUAUCGUCGAAUCUUGUCCACUUCCCGUAUCAGAAUCAUUCCCCACGGCAUUCAACAACCUUUCAGUGCAGUACGUGAAGAGAUCGACAUUGCCAGGUGACAACGCUUUCUGGGAAUUACCCCCCUUGUAG